AUGGCAUCUUACGAAGAAAUUAAAACUGAAUUAAACAAAGCAGAAGCAAGAUUUGGUAAGGCAGUAGAGAAUUUGAAGGAGUGGGAAGAAGGGAGUAAAGGAGUUGAAAGAGGAGAAGAAGUCAUUGGUGGAGAGCAAAGUUCAGAUGGAGAAACAGGUAGAGGAGUGGAGACAAAGUUUAGGAAAGUCAGUGAUAGGGAAGGACAUAAAUGUAAAUUUGAAGGUGAAGAAGAAAUUUUAUCAAAAAAGGCAUGUCAACUAGAAGGAAAUAUACCAUCUCUUAAUGUUGGUGAUUUUAGGAAACUGGUAUCAGGAGGAUAUACUUUUAUUGACAAAUCUCACUUUAUUGAAGAAUUUAUUGUAAAAAGUUCAGAUUAUGUUAUUCUUUUACGACUAAGAAGAUUUGAAAAGUCAAUUAAUCUCUCAAUGUUGAAAGAAUUUUUUGAUAUUCCUAUCCACCCUGAUAAUUUGAAAUUUAGACAAGAGCUAUUCAAAGGAUUAAAUAUUACAAAGAGAACAUUUCUGGAUUUGAUGACUGUCAAAGCAUUGACUGGUGAUAAAUCUUUGCAAUUAUCUGAAUAUCUUUAUGAUCAUCCUUUUGAAAUUGCAUUCCAUGAGAACUACUUUGAUGAUGCUAGGAAGUUGCUUACUUCUAUUCUUUCACCCCUUCUUAAGGGUAAUGAUGCCAAUCUGUAUAAGGCUUUGAUUGUAGAAGUAUCAUAUGUGGCUAAAGCAGGUUUAUUUUUUGGGUUAAAUAACUUAACUAUAUGUCCGAUGUAUGAUGAAUUAUAUGUAGAUAAAUUUGGAUUCACUGAAGAUGAAAUUUCUGCCAUUAUCAACCAUUAUAAUGUUUCAAAUAUCUCUUUAGAGACAUCUGAAUUAGACAAUGUCAAGAAUUACUAUAAUAGUUAUAUAUGUGAAAUAAAGACUAAAAUUUAUAAUCCUAUGUCUAUAAUAUCUUAUAUGUUCAACAAAAAACUAAAACCAUACUGGGUUAUUAUAGGGGGCUUAAGCAAAUCUAUUAAAAUGCUAAUUUUGCAUUCAAACCAAUUCAUAUCCCUUGCAAGUGGAUUUAUGUCUGAUGAAAAAAUUGAUGCUCCCACUACUACAAGAUUCCAAUCAUUAGAUUAUGAAAUAUUAAGAAGUUGUAGGACAACUGAUGAGUUACUUAUUUUGUUAUAUUUUGGUGAAUAUCUCAUAAAGGAUACCAUUGACAAUAAAUUAUUUAUAUCAAAUAAAGAAACUCAUGAAGUGUGGAAAUACUGGUUGAACAUAGCUCCAAAUGAGAGGUACAAUCCAAUAUUUAAAUCAUUGUCAGAAUACAAUUUUGAAAAAUUUGUAUUUGAUCUCAAAAGGAUAUUUGAUUCAACUUCUGUUUCAUAUAUGAAUAUUACAACAGAAAAAUAUUAUUAUUGCCUUAUGAUUGAAUCAAACUUGGAAGCAGGUCUUGGAUGUCUUGAUAUUGUAAUACAGCUAACAUCAGAAAAUAGUACAAGAACAUUUAUCUUUGAAUUUAAAUCAAUCAAAAGAGUAAAAAAGAACAAACAAACUGUUUUAGAAAAGGAGACUAAGGCAGGAAUUGAACAGAUAAAUAGAAAGCAAUAUGUAAAAAGUAUUACUAGAAAUGAAUUAAUCACUAAGAUUGCCAAAUGUGCAAUCUGUUUCUGUAGUAAGGAUUUGUUCUUCUUGUUGAAAUCAUUAAAAAGAACUCAGAGAAUGAAUGGGAAUUGA